CUGGGAUUAACUAAGCAGUUAAACAGUUAAACUGCUGUUUAGCACAGACAUGUCUCUGAAGGUGGUGGCCUAAGCGGUUAGGGAAGUAGCAGUGCACAGAUAAAAUGUCUUUUAACCAUUUUGAAUACAAAGGAACCAGAUUUUCUGUAGAUGUGCAAUCUGAAGAGUCUCUCUCCUACGCAGAAAAUGAGUUUGAAGUAUUUGAUGAUGAUAUCUAUAAUGUGACCUAUCCCAAAUCAGGCACUAACUGGAUGAUUCAGAUCUUGACUUUAAUUCAAAACAAAGGAGACCCUGUGAAAAGCAACAUGUUGCCUAUCUAUUUAAAAGCACCAUGGUAUGAAACCAAGUAUGCUCAAGAAGAAAUCCAAAAGAUGGAGUCUCCAAGAUUAUUAUCUUCCCACCUUCCACAUCAUAUUUUUGCCAAAUCUUUUUUCAAAUCUAAAGCAAAAAUCAUCUACACAGUGCGGAACCCAAAAGAUAUCAUUGUAUCCUUGUACCAUUUUACAAAGAUUCUCAAGAUUUUUCAACCUACUGAUGAUUUCCAAAACUUCCUGGAUGACUUUUCACAGGGGAAUGCUCUGUAUGGAUCUUGGUUUGAUCAUGUGAAAGGCUGGAUGCAAAUGAAAGAUGACAGCAGAUUCUUCUUUAUCACAUAUGAGGAGCUCCUACAGGAUAUCCGUGGCAGUGUGGUAAGAAUCUGUAAAUUCUUGGGGCAGGAGCUAGAUGAUGCACAAAUUGACUUGGUUGUUGAACAUUCAGCCUUUAAAUCCAUGAAGGAAAACGUAAUGACAAACUGGACUCAAAUGCCAUCCGAUGUAAUGAAUCAAGAAAAUGGAUCAUUCCUGCGUAAAGGGAUAUCUGGUGACUGGAAAAACCAUUUUACCGUUGCUCAGAGCGAGUACUUUGAUAAAAUCUACCAAGAGAAAAUGAAGGACAUCAAUAUGAACUUUUCCUGGGAAGAAUCGUCAUAAAGCGUUGAGAUAAUUUCAUAACAAGAACAAAAGUGUUUACUAGACUGAAAUGCAAAUUUUACCAAGCGUGAACAUCCAUUACAUUCUGUAUAGAGGAUUUUCCAUUUGGCUAGGUUUCCACAUAGGUUUAUUUCUGGGGUCUUUAAGCCAAAGCCAGGAGUGUAUUCAAAAGGGCAUGGGCAAUAUAAAGAAAGGACUUAUACUUCUCCUUCCUACUUGAUCUACUUCUGACUUUGGCUUAAAAAACUGCAGUGGCAGUUUUCCAAAGAAAAUGCAAGAAAAAAAAACUGUGUGGAAACCUAGCCUCACAGGGCUCUACACCUAAACCAAUGUUAUUGUGAGGGCUGAAAAAAAGUACUGAAACUUGAAACACAGCUACUAAAAACAUGCAGGGUUUGUAAGGUCUAUUGAGUUCUACCUAAUAUUCACUCACUUCAAAGUUGCUGCAGAUUUUCCCAAUAACCUUUAUUGGGAAGGUCAAAAUCUGCACAAAUCCUCAGUGUGUGAACAUACUCUCAAAAGGUUUACUGUGGUAUUGCAAGUUAUUGAUUGAUAUUAGCAUUGUUAUAACUCUCGUAACAAUAAAGACAUUUACUUAACAUUAAAGCAUUAGCUGUAGCAAGAACAAAAAUUGCUAUUUGCUAUCCAAUAGUUUUUUGGGGAGAAAAUGGCUCAAACAAAUGCAAAAAGCAAUCAAAAACUUUAAAGAAAAAAUAGACGGUAUAUAAACCAUAAAUGACUGAAAGAAAAGUACUUUAUACUUAAUUAUAUGGCUAUAAAAUAUGGGCGGUAAAAUGUUAGUGAAUAUGAAUUACCAGUUGUUUUUCCAUCAAGCUCACUAGAGCUGAAUAAUCAUAAAACAGACUUUUUUGGGUCAUUUAUGAACUGUCAAUUGACAAUCCUGCUAUGCACUCAUUUCUGCAGCCUUUCAGAUACCUGAGGUAUAGUGCCUAUAUACAUGGAUCCUAUAUAGUUCUUAUUCACUUAAAGUAGUCCAAAAGAAUGUAGUAUUUUUGACUAUAUAGGAAAGUAGACUAAAAUGCGGCCAUUACAAAAAAAAUUAUAGCCUGUGGUAUGCAUUUUAUUUCUUAUCGAGGCACCCUAUAGGCAACAUAUGCUUUUGUAUGCCUUUACAGUAGCAAAUGUGGGAGCCUUCCAUUGGAGGCAUAUGUUGGGAUUGUAUAUCCCCAAUGGAAAAUACAAAUGUUGUAUAUACUCAGAGCACUAAAUUUAUCAGGAAUCUUUGGUCAAGCUUAGAGAUGAGCGAAUUUUUGAAAAAUUUGAUUCGCCCGAUUCGCAGAAUUCUCCAAACAAAUUUGUUUUCGGUCCGAAUUUAUUUACGGCAAAUCGCUAUUAAAAACUGCUAUUUCUGGCCUACAGAGAGCCUCAAUAGGGGUGUGGAACACUUUGCCUUCCCCUAAUACGCAUAAGGUAUGUGCUGGGUUAGUGAAAUAAUACUGUUAUUCAGUAUGACAUGCAGAUUUUUUUGGAAAUGUCCUUCAUGCCAUAAGAAUGUAGUGACAAGAGUAACCUUCC